AAUUUAUACUGUCGGACUCCUACUAUGUACCCACUUGGUGUAUAAUAUUUGUAUUCGUCCAUUCGCGUUCAGUUAAUGCACAAUACCUACAUAAUAUUUAUUUACAUGUUAUUAUUACUUACACGAUAUUAAUAAUAAUAUUCAAGUCCUCAAAGGAGAUAUUAUAAAAUAUAUUACAUAUAUCCGUGGCCAUGGCGUUCACUCCGUAUCAAAUAAUCCUGGCAGUUGGAUUGGUCUUUACGGGAUUCACGAACACAAUAAGCAUCAAAUGGGCGGAUAAUAUCGAAUCAGCUGGAACCGAUGGAAAAGUUCGCAAAUUUAACCACCCUUUUGUUCAGGCUUUAAUCAUGUUUCUUGGAGAAUUCAUGUGCUUGUUGGUCUUUAAAAUUGCUUUUAAGUACCACAUGAAAAGACAGUAUUCUGUGGAAGACAGUAGAAUUGUAAAUGGUAACCAAAAGUUCAAUCCACUUUUAUUUUUUUUCCCGGCCAUAUGCGAUAUGGUGGCCAGCACACUUAUGUACAUAGGUCUCAACUUUACAUACGCGUCGAGUUACCAAAUGUUAAGAGGUGGCGUAAUCAUAUUCACCGCUAUCCUUUCUAAAAUGUUUCUUCGCAGAAAAGUUACCGUUCGACAUUGGAUGGGUAUACUUCUAAUAAUCGUCGGAUUAUGCGUAGUAGGUAUAUCGGAUUUGUUAGUAUCAAAGAAGUCCACACAAGUCGAUGGUUCGUACACAACCGAAGGAAUUAUUACAGGCGAUUUGUUGAUAUUUGUCGCCCAAAUCAUAACCGCCGCCCAAAUGGUGUACGAAGAAAAGUAUGUGGUCGCAAACGACAUUCCGGCAUUGCAAGCCGUUGGUUGGGAAGGAGUGUUCGGUAUGGUCGCGAUGAGCUUACUCUUGAUACCUUUCUACUUUAUUAAAGUCGGCGAACCUUUAGCGAGCAAUUCUCGAGGGUCGCUCGAAGAUUUCCCAGACGCUAUUGCACAGAUUGUGAACAACAAAAUAUUAUUUGCUGCUCUGAUGGGCAACGUUGUCAGUAUUGCUUUUUUCAACUUCAUGGGGAUCAGCGUGACUAAGGAAAUAUCUGCGACCUCUCGAAUGAUACUGGAUUCACUCCGUACGUUUUUCAUAUGGACUUUUUCUUUGGCCGUGGGAUGGCAAGCGUUUCAUUUCCUCCAGCCAAUUGGUUUUGGGACCCUACUGAUUGGAAUGUGCGUUUAUAACAAUAUGAUUAUUUGAUGGACGUGCACUUGUAUCGAAACGCCCGAAGAAAUACGAACACUGUAUUAUAUUUAAGCCAGAUCGAAUGACCCAAAGAAUUUAACUGUAGAAGUAUUUAGUAUAGUUUUAAUAACGCCAAACGUAUAAGCAUUGAAUGUUUGAGUUUUUUUUUUUUUAAAUAUAAAGAGUUAGGCGUGGUAUGUACCACUGCCAAUGAUGUUAUACUUCACUCUGCUUUUUUAUGACCUAGCUCAAAACAAUUGUUGAUCUUAAUAGUGUUAAACAAAAUGAAAUGUUUUAACGACCUACGCAAUUAUGUAUUUGUAUAUGUAUAUAUUUAUAAUAAAAAUAUAUUUUUUUAAUUUAAA